GGGAGAGAAGUUGUCACGAAGAAGAUUCGAGGAGAAUCGAUGAUGACGGCAAUCCAUGGUUUCCGGCCAAACUGCUCGCCGGCGCUUCCAUCUCCGGUUUCUCGCCGGAGUAUUCAUCAAUCGCGACAAUUAGGGUUUCCUCUCGUCAAAGACUAUUCAGGUAAAAGCUUGCGUAAAUCUAGGUCAUUUCACUCUAUCUUUUCAACAAAUGGCCAAGUCGGACGAACGGAGACGAUUAAUCCUUCCAUUCCUUCUCCAUCGGAGUCGGCGUGGGAAGAUUAUCCAUACGAAGAACUUCCGAAUGGAAAGAGGUUGUAUUUGGAUGAACUUGACGUGCUCACAUUUCUGAAUCCUCCAAAAGAACUAAUCCCAUUAGACAUUUCUUCAUUCAAUUCGGCAACCUAUCUUUGGAAAAAGAUCGAUGACAUUCCUAUCGAGAGGCGGCAUAGGUUGCUUCACAUGAUUACGCCUAGUCUUAUAUCAAUUGCUUGGGAGAUAGCUGGAACAAGAUACGAUCAAGUAAUAAACCCUAAACUGGUUAAGGAAAACGCACCAGACCUUGUUCAUGAGUAUUGGAACUGUCGAAAGAGUGGUGGUGGAGUGAUCCCUGAUAGCUUCAAGAAGGUUACAUUUGGUUCAUCAAGUGAUGAUGGGAUGAGAUAUGGGCGAUUGAUUGGUACUUGUUUUGUGGGUAAGUUUGUAAGUUCUAUGUAUCCAUUAUAUUUCAGAGUGAGUGAGGUUAGUGAAGUGAUUUCAACAGGACAGCCUUGUGAUUUGGCUUAUGAGUUUGGGAAUGGGGUUUGGAAUGUUCCCAUGGAUUGGCCUCGAGGUUUUCCUGCACCAGCUAAACAUCCAUGGCCAUUCAAUGAUCAUGUGGUUAUUUACAUUCGUCAUCUUGGACCAGGUGUAAUGGUUGGUCAAGCUUGGCAAGAAGGUGAAUUGUUAGAACAAGUGCCUGAAAAACUAUGUGGGGAGAUCUUAAUGGUGAAAGAUUAUCAAUUGAAAGAAUUCAACUAGUUCAUUCAUCCAAUUCGGCUAGUUUUGAUUCAGAAAAAUGCUGGUAGAUACGUUUUUGAUAGGAUUGAUCUUAUUCAAAAUGUUAAAGUUGGGUUUUUGAUAUGCAUAAUCAUUCUAGUUUAUCAUU